UUUCGCUUUUUCGACAUUCACAAAUGCCUUUGGACACUUCUUCGUACUCACUGGCGCUUUUGCGUCUCGACGGCCGUCGGUGGAACGAGCUGCGACGACUCAGCGCACAGAUCUCCACGCAAGCGGCGGCCGAUGGCUCAAGCUACCUAGAGAUGGGCAAUACGAAGGUCAUAUGUACUGUGGCCGGGCCAGCAGAGGGCCGUCGCAUAGGAGGCGGAAGCAUUGCAGGGAGUGAAGCUACGAUCCAAGUAAACAUAAGCAUUGCUGGCUUCAGCGGCGUCGAACGAAAACGAAAAGCAAGAUCGGACAAGCGCGUAGCAGAGAUGCAGCAUACAAUCGUAAAUGCGCUGCAGAGCACGCUUCACACAAGCCAUUAUCCGGGGUCCACCAUCGCAAUCAAUCUGCACGUCCUCGCACAAGACGGGUCGCUACUUGCGGCUCUCAUCAAUGCCUCUACAUUGGCGCUGAUUGACGCCGGAGUGCCCAUGUCGGACUAUCUCACUGCUUGCACGGCGGGUAGCACGGUGAAUGCCGCAGCAUCACGAUCAGCACCUCGACCACAAGCCGCUCUGCCAGGUCUUUCCAAUCUCGCAGAUGAUGUAGAAGACCCGCUGCUUGACUUGAAUAGUCUCGAAGAGCAAGAGUUACCAUACUUGACUGUCGGCACGUUAGGAGCAACAGACAAGGUUGUGGUUUGCGUGCUUGAAACUCGAAUGCAUGCACAUCGUUUAGAAGAAAUGCUGGCUGUCGGUGUAGACGGUUGCGCACGAAUUCGCGAGAUAUUGGACUCCGUGGUGCGUGCUCAUGGAAAGAAGACAUUGGAAGGAGACUGAUCUACACCGUGUGAUCACCAGAACGCAGCCGCAUUGUUUUCCAUCGCAGCGCCUGAUUGGGAGGCCGCGAAAUUUACGCAAGAGCAAUGCCGGCAUAUCCCAACAAUUGUAGGCGAGAACUAGUUGUUUCACUCCACAGAAGGGAACGCUAGCGAUCGAAGCCAAGAAUUAGCAACCAAGGUGUGGGCUUACAAAGCAAAGAGUCAAAGAGCAAGUGGAAAGCCACACGGAGGCCAUGAGAGAGAGGCCUGGUUGUGAAAGAGAUUCAGCUGUGGGUACCUGGCGUCAGAGCGGCGCGACGACGGACAUAGCAGCGUAACUUGUAGCAUUUGUAUAAUUAAAAGCCGCCGCUUCCAAACCGAUCUCCAUCUCCGGCCGGUAU